AUGACAGCACCGGUGGACCAGCGGAUAGCGGUUCCGGUGGACGACCCCAAUGCGGACACAGAAUGGAACGACAUUUUACGCAAGCACGGCGUCAUCCCAGAGAAGCCGCCGAGCCCGACCCCGAUGAUCGAGGAGGCCAUAGCCGAGGGCCGACGGCUGGCGCACGAGAACCGGCUUGAGGGCAAGGACCUGGACGAGCUGGACGAGUUCGAGGACGUGGAGGACGAGGACUUUCUGAACGCGUACCGCCAGCAACGCAUGCAGGAGCUGCGCAGCCUGACGAAAAAGGCCGUCCACGGCAGCGUGUACCCGCUGACGAAGCCCGAGUACGGCCGCGAGGUGACGGAGGCGUCCAAGGGACAUGGCGGCGACAACGAGACGACAAGCACGGGCGUGCCCGUGCUCGUGCUGCUGACAUCGUCGGCCGGCACCAACAUCGAGUCGCGCGUGCUGUCGGAGCUGUGGUGCCAGGCCGCCGCCGAGUACGGCGAGGUCAAGUUCUGCGAGAUGCGGGCUGAACAGGCCAUCGAAGGCUAUCCGGAGCGCAACUGCCCGACCAUCCUGGUGUAUCGCAACGGCGACAUUGUCAAGCAGGUCGUCACGCUCGUGAUGCUCCACGGCGUCAAGACGAACAUGCUCGACAUCGACUCGCUGCUGGUCGAGGUCGGCGCCGUGCCCGACAACGACAUGCGCGUGAUCAAGCGGCGACGCACGGCCGAGGACGCCGAAGAGGAGCGUCUGGCCGGCACUAGCACCAUCCGGUCAGGCUUCGGUGGGACGCCGGCCAAGGACGGCGACGACGACGACGACUGGGACUGA